GAAUACAUAAAAUCUUCACCCCCAAAUGCAGCAAUAAACCACAAAUUGAUAUAGCAUCAACAGCUAGGAUAUUCAAUCGUUAUAGCUGCAAUCAGACUACACAACAAAAACGCAAAUAAUAAAUUAUUUGACAGCAACAAGCGGCGGGCGACGCAAUGCAAUCAUCGACUGAUGCGGGCAAUAAUGGCACACGUAAAUAUACAGCACAACAGCAACAACAGUCGCAACCAUCGCCAGGAGCUGAAGCAGGAGCAGGAGCAGGAGCUGGAGCAGAAGCAGCGCCGGCUGCAACAAACCAAACAACGUCUUUUACCGUAAAUGACAACAGUCAGCAGCAACAGACGAGUAUAGGCAACACAUCUAGCAAAAAUCCGUUCAAGCAACAGUUGGAUAGCAAUAAGCAGAAUGGCAACAUGGAAGCAGACUACGGCAUUAUGGGGACUAGCGGAGCAGUCGGCACUGACCAACAGCUGCCAUCGCCAACAAGCCAAGAACAACUUUAUGCAUCACGCAAAUUGACAGGCGGUCAGCCGCCGCCGCCGCCGCCGGAUCAAUAUCGACAAGAGGAUCCACGUGCAGCCGGGACUUGGUCUGCUGCCAAAUCAUGGAUGGUCAGCUGGCGGGGCUCCAACCGGCUCGUUCUGGUCAUUGUCGCCAUAGCUCUCCUGCUGGACAACAUGCUGCUAACAACUGUCGUUCCCAUCAUACCCGAGUUCUUGUACGACAUACGACAUCCGGACGCACCUCUCGACAGUUACCCACGCACGCCUCUCACCCUGAACACUCCACCACCACCAACGUCCUGUCCAUGUAAGGAGGGUGGCAAUGAUGUGGCGGUACCGAUCGAGGUGUCCACGCCGAGCGCAGAAGAAAAUGAAACAUACUACCGUGAGCUAGAGGAACGGCACAAUGAAUUGGUUGGCGAAACUGUGGAAGUUGGUCUCCUCUUUGCAUCGAAAGCCAUUGUCCAACUGUUGGUUAACCCGAUUGUAGGACCAUUGACCCAUCGCAUCGGCUAUAGCAUACCCAUGUUUGCCGGCUUUGUAAUUAUGUUCUUGUCUACGCUGAUUUUCGCCUUUGGUCGUUCAUACCUGGUACUUUUCAUUGCUCGAGCCCUUCAGGGCAUUGGCUCAUCGUGUUCCUCUGUCUCUGGAAUGGGCAUGCUGGCAGAUCGUUUCACAGACGACAAAGAACGCGGUAAUGCCAUGGGUAUAGCCCUAGGUGGACUUGCGCUUGGUGUGCUCAUAGGACCGCCCUUUGGUGGCGUUAUGUAUGAAUUUGUGGGCAAGUCGGCGCCAUUUCUGGUGUUGGCUGCGCUGGCACUGGGCGAUGGUUUGCUGCAACUAUUCAUGUUGCAGCCGUCAAUACAGAAAUCCGAGUCAGAGGAGCCACCGUCACUGAAGAGUCUGAUUAGUGAUCCUUACAUUUUAAUAGCGGCUGGUGCAAUCACCUUUGCUAAUAUGGGAAUUGCUAUGCUGGAACCGUCUUUGCCGUUGUGGAUGGUGGACAACAUGGGUGCGACGCGUUGGGAGCAGGGUGUGGCAUUUUUGCCAGCUUCUAUUAGCUAUUUGAUUGGUACAAAUCUGUUUGGACCACUUGGACACAAAAUUGGAAGAUGGUUUGCCGCCUGCUUAGGACUGGUUAUCAUUGGCGCCUGUUUAAUCUUUAUACCCAUGGCUACCUCUAUCACGCAUCUGAUUAUUCCCAAUGCUGGUCUCGGCUUUGCUAUUGGCAUGGUGGACUCUUCGAUGAUGCCGGAGCUGGGCUAUCUAGUCGAUAUACGGCACUCGGCCGUCUAUGGCAGCGUCUAUGCCCUGGGCGAUGUGGCAUUCUGUGUUGGCUUUGCCGUAGGUCCAGCUCUCUCGGGCUCACUUGUGAAAAGUAUUGGGUUCGAGUGGAUGUUAUUUGGCAUCGCCAUCCUGUGUUUCAUGUAUGCGCCGCUGUUAACCUUCCUUAAGAACCCACCGACCAGCGAUGAGAAAAAGUCAUUAAUUUAUGGACGCGACCGCUCACAGGUACGUUAUGUAACCUAUCAAAACUACGAUGACGAUGAAUAAAUUUUCCGAAUUAUACAAAUAUUUCUUGGCAAUGUCAAUAAAAAUGACAAAAAAAUGUUGAAAAAAAAUUAACGAAACCAAAAAAAAUAAACAAGGAAAACAAAAAUACAACCAAAAAUAUCAAUAAUAUCAUAUGAACUGAAUGAAAUUGUUAUAAUUGUUUGAAGAAAGAAAAAGUUAACCUUAAAUCCUAUGCUAUAUGCUUACAACAAGAACCACAAAAUAUGGAACAAUCUUUAGCUAAACCAAAAUUAAAAUAACACAAUUUAAUUAAAAAUAAUUCUCCCAGAUAGAUAUCAAAAGCGUUAAGUACAUUUUUUUUUUCAAAAUAAAUGACAAUGAAAUGAAAGUAAACGAAAGAGGAAAAAAUAGUUAGAAAUAAUUAUUUAUACUCGAAAUAAAACUUUUCACCUGAAAUAAUGGCAAGCGAAACAAAUAAGAAAGUCAUCAAGAAUUAAACAUUUAUUAAACAUAUACCAAAAAAAAAAAACUUAAAAAUAUACAAAAUUAAAUUUAGAUUUAUUCAGUAUAGAGAAAUAGCAACAUUUACAAAAAUCAAAAUAUACAUAUAUGCAUUAUAUAUAUAUAUAAAUAGACAUAUAUGUACAUUUUACUCCCAGAAAGGAAGGUAUUUGCGUGUACAAUGUGACAAGUGUCAGCGUCCGGAAUUGCAUUGAUUUACUGUGAAUUCCAAAGACUAGUCAAAUAGAACGAAUUUGUAUUUAAGGUAAAUGUAUGUUAUAUUAAAAUAAUAAUAAUACUAGCGAAUAGGACGCGAAAAGUUUGGAAUUGACAUAAGACGGCAGACGCAAUAUUGAGCACGAAUCCAAAAAUGUAUAUGAAAAUAUUUGAGGCUGGUACAGCGUUCAAAUAACUGAAUAAUGAAGCUAUAAUCAUCAGUCGCAUGACAGUUAUCCUGACGUUAUAUCAGCCGCAAAUAUUUGGUUUUGCAAUUUAUAAGCGCAUCGUGCGCAAAUUAUCCGUAUAGACAUUGAUGCUGACAUUAUAGGGCAUGGAAGCUGACUCUUCGUUGCGGUAACCAUCGCUGCUGCAGCUGCGCCUCCUCUCGUGAACUGGGCAUGCUGCGGGCGAGGCAUUGCGGACUCGCACCCUAUUUAAUGAGAACUCCGUGUCCUCACCCACCGGCUGCGAUGUGGUAAUGCGUAUGGGCAUGUUGUUUAUGCGCGUGUGUAUGGGCUGGCUUGAGCUGACGGGCAUGCCGUUCACGUGAAGAUUCAGUAAUUUACGCUCAUUCAGGCGAGUGGCGGACAGACGUCGUUGCUGUAGACUGGCGUUGCUGGCACUCCCGAGCACACUGGCAUUGUAAUUAGAGCUACCCGAGCUGCGGCGUUCCAGUGUCCUGGCUGGUGGUGGAUCAUACUGCGUCCGCUCCGGCUGUGGACUUAUUUGCGGCUUAAGGCAACGCAACGUUGUCAGAUUCCGAGUGCAGUUUUGCAAGCGCUCGGCUCGUGCCGUCUGCGUGCUGGCACUAGCCGCGGACUGAUGGACAUAGCAGGGCACCAUGCCUGGCAGACGAUCAGUCGAAGCUGGCCUAUAUAGAUGUGAUGUCAUAAUUACAGGUGAUGCAACUGACGUUGGCAACGACGUGGCACGCAUUGGCAGACGCAUUUGUCUGUCCUGCCACAACUGCUCCUGGUAGCAACGUACACGUUCGUACUCUCUUUUUCGCUGUGCUUCCCGCUCUAGCCCACGUAGCCUAUGCCUUUCCCGCUCCGCCUCUAUCUCCAGCAGCCUUUCAUGAUCGCGCUGUCUUUCCAGCUGCCUGAAACGCUCGCGUUCCUGAUCACGUUGCCGCAUACGCUGGUGUUCUUUUUGUAGCUCCUGCUGACACAUCUGUUCCAUACGUUUUCGCUCCAUAUGCACUUGCAGCCGUUUGGCUAUCAAAAGAUCUUGUUCACAAUUCGCCUUGCGCAACGAAUUAGUCUGGGCCCGGGCUUCGGGUAAACUAAACUUGGACAGACGCUUGUCAAUGACAAAACUAUCUGAGCUGCCGAUGCGCGCUGUCGAUUUAUGUACCUUAUAAUUGUCCGUAUUGUUGUGCAGACAGGCAUCUGUUUCAAUCUUGAUUCGCAAACUCUUAUCCAGCUCUGCCUCAGAUUCCAGUCCAUUUAUAUUAAUGUUGAUCGCACAACCGCUACAAUUGCUGGCGCUGCGCCUCGGCGACACCUUAAAAGUGCACGUUGAGUAUUUUUUCUCUGGCUCCUUUAAAGUGCACACGGAGGCACUUCUGCCACAUCUGCGGUUCACAUUUGAGUUAGCGGUGCUCUGCCUUAUUGUGGUAAAGCUCUGGCCACGCCGCAUCGUCUGAUAUUCGUCUCGAUUGCAGCAGGUGCGCAACAGUGGGAAGUUAGAGACCGCAGCGGGCGGACUGCUAGCGAGCUGGCGACGAGUCAGUGAUAUAUCCUUUCGCGGCUCAGUGGACACCAUUACAUUGUUAACUUUGUUCGGCAACGAGGAAAUGCAUUUGAAAUCAUUCAAAAACCUGCGACGCCUGUUCUCAGCGAAGGCACUCGUCGCCGGAGCAGCCUUGGGCUCUUGACACCUGGUGAUGAACUUUGGAUUCUGGUAAUAGGUCUCGAAGGUGAGAGGCUUCGAUUGCGGCGGCUCUGGUCGUUGGUAUUGCUGAACGUGAUAUACGGGUCGAUCAGCGUAGCGAAAGUUAUACGAUUGAAUUUUGAAUGGGUCGUUGUAAAAGACAUCCGUAGACUGGCGGCGUGUAUAAAUGCUACUGGGAGCAUCUGUCGAUAAGAAGGCCUUGAAAAUUGGUUCAUUUCGAAAAAUUGAAAUUGUCAAAUAUACUUACACUGACCGCGACUCAUUUUAUGCAAUAAAUUUUGUGCUUUUUAAGGACUUGGGCCAAAGUUUUGCAAAAUAUUGCGCAAUCAUCUAGAUUUUUUUUUUCAAAAAUAUUGUUCAUGCCAAAAAAGAAAAUUUUGUCAACGACGACUUUGUUUAACCGGAGAACCGACGAAUUUGGAUUUGCUUUCAUCUACAUACUUCAAAGUUCGGGCUUUGGGGCGCACAUUAAAACUCUAUCAGCAAUAGGACGAAGCAUUUGUGCAGCAAUUCGGUUGUCGAAAACCAGCCUUCCUUAAGCAAAUCAAUUUACAAAUCAAAAAAAAAAAAAAAAAUCAUAUUAAAUGUAUUAAAAGUAUAUAAUUGAUUUUCAAAAUGUUUAUGUAAUUGUCUUUAAAUAAAUAUAAAUAAUAUAUUAUAUAUACAUAUGUAUGAAAUAAAUAUGUAGCUACACUUACAAUAUAUCUGACGCAAUGAGGGAACUACACAUAAGUUUAACAAUAUUAAGUAUUCUUUACAUUUUGAAGUAUUAUUCUUAAUACAUAUGCGCGUACAAAUGGUACAAUUAUUUUUCAUUACCAAUACAGACAUACUUAAUUUUAGUAAAUAACAAAGAUCAAUUGGAUCCCUCGGAUACUUACGCGAGUUACUUGAAUGGCUGCAAGUUUCUCCAAGCGUUGUACGCCUUAAACGGCGACGUAAAAUCCAAAUUUUUAAAUCAUGCACAUCGCCGCCAUCUUUUGGGCAGAAUAUUAACAUUUUUACGCGCAUAGAAAAUUUAAACCUCGUAGCAUGCAGUUCCAAUAAUAACUGAGAAUCAGAAGAAAAGAUUUUGAAAGGAAACAUUUAUCAGUUAAUCGUAUACAAUGAGGUUUUAUUUACAGUUGUACAUAAGCAAAGCUGAAAUACUUGCUGAUUAUCAUCGUUAUUUCAUUGCACUAAUAUGCCUAACGUUAAAAAAAAACAAAUACAAAAUAUUGAAUACAACUAUCUAUCAUAACUUACAUAAAUAUAAAUGUACGCUUAGAUUAUGUGUUGUAACUUUAAACGCUUGUAAAGAAUUGCAAAAUGCAAUCAUGCAGUAUAAAAACCAUUACGAAUUCCCCAAUACACUUAUAAAAUUAUGUAGUACAAAAGCAUUGUGCAGGGUAAAAACAGCUGUUUUCCUAAGAAAAAUUACUUCAACUUUAUUAUGCAAACGUUUUGUUCACAUUUACUUGUUGCUUAAAGCCUGCUUAUCAACAUGGUCUAACAAUCUAAAUAUACUUGUGAAUUAGACAAUAUAGCAUAACCAUGAACAUAUACAAUCUACUAUAUAAAUACAUCAGUUAUUGUUCAAUAAUAUUAUAGAUAUUGCAUUACAUAAAAAAAGCUGGUAUGGGGUCAAACAAUCUAUAAUACAAAUAGCAUAAUAUUUGAAAAAUAUCAAACGUUUUGUGCACAGUUUUAAGACAUACUAAACGCAAUGUAUUUAUUAAUACUAUACAAAUUGAUGUCAAAAUUUAAUAAAAUACUAAACGCAUAUACAUACUCUAUCUAAAAUAAUAAAAUACCGCUAACAACAUUCAAAAUUCUUAUAGCUUAGUGCGAGCAUACUAGUCAAAAAAAAAAAAGCAAUACUAUACUUACUACUCAUAUAAAAUUAUAAUGCUAUAUUUAUUAACUACAUUAAGAAUUUAAAAACCUGCUUUAUCUAUAUAAUAAGAAGUAAAACAACAAUAAAAGCCAUGUGUAAUCAUGUGAAUAUAUGUCAAGUGUUGCGUUAAGUUUUUUGAAAAGCAUUUGUAAAAGUAUUGGAAUGUAGAAAUAUAUAUACUGUGCAAAUAAAAUACACAGCUAAAUAAAUACAUAUAUUAUGUUAUCAUACAAGGAAAUCAAAAGUAUAUUAUACAAUCCGUAAUAGUCAGUUGACAAAAGUUUAUCUAUUUAAUUGUAAUCUGAUAACUAAGCUGCUAAUUACAAAUUCAAAAAGGAGUUAAGUUUAACAUACUGGCAAAUUGUACUCUUACAACUAAAUAAAUACACGAAACACAUACAUAUGUAACUAAAGUUGUUGGUGAAUAAUAAAGCUAGACCCGAAAACAAAACAAA